GUAGAACAAACCACUGCAGACAAGAUCAAAGAAAAUCAACAACGUCUGCAUACUCAGCGUCAGAAGGAUGGCUUGCAGAAAUGGUCUGCCGGUUCUGGCAAUGCCAAUGCAAAUCAAAACAAACAGAUCAAAAAGUAUGAGAGCUACAAGAGGGAGGAACAAAUACCUCGUCAAGCAGAGGAAAGACGGAUUUACGUGGACGCCCAACGGUCUACAGUCAUCCUCCCGAUUUAUGGUUAUGCUGUGCCUUAUCAUAUCUCCACGAUCAAGAACGUGACCAAGACAGAGGAAAUGGAUUAUGUGGUGUUGAGAAUCAACUUUCAGUCUCCCGGUCAGAUCGCGGGUAAAAAAGAAGAUAUGCCUUUCGAGGACCCCGAUGCGACAUUUAUUCGAUCGGUCUCUUUCCGUUCACAAGAUAGUCGUCAUUUACUGAACGUUUACGAGAAGAUAACCAAUCUGAAAAAGACUGCUACCAAGUUGGAGGCUGAGAGGAAGGAGAUGGCGGAUGUGGUAGAGCAAGGUAAACUCCUCGAAAUGAUGGCUUCACAUCCCCGAAUCCUAAAAAGCGUCACUGCGAAACCUCAAGCGGAUAAUAAAAAGUCCGAUGGAAAUUUGGAAAUCCAUCAAAAUGGUAUCAGAUACCGACCAGACGGGCCCAGUUCCAAGAUCGACAUCCUAUUCAGUAACAUCAAACAUCUUUUCUUUCAACCUAGUGAGAAAGAGCUACAAGUGCUCAUUCACGUCAAUCUCAAAACUCCCAUCAUUGUUGGAAAGAAAAAGACAUUUGAUGUUCAGUUCGCACGUGAAGUCACAGAUUUAGCAUUUGACGAGACGGGUGGAAAGAAGCGUCGAGCUAGAUAUGGUGAUGAAGAUGAAAUCGAGCAAGAAGCCGAGGAAAGACGUCGUCGUACAGAGCUUGACCGUCUAUUCCGUGAUUUCGCCAAACAAAUCGAGAAUGCGGCACAACGACAGCAAUACGAGAUCGAAGUCGACGUUCCUUUCCGCGAACUUGGAUUCGAAGGUGUACCUUUCAGAUCUGCCGUCUUACUUCAACCCACUACCAACUGUCUGGUACAGCUCUCCGAACAACCCUUUACCGUUAUAUCUUUGAAUGAAGUCGAGAUAGUCCAUCUGGAACGAGUGGCUUUCGGGUUGAAAAAUUUCGACAUGGUAUUUGUCAUGAAUGAUUUCAAGAAAACACCUAUACAUAUCAAUACUAUCCCCAUGGAACAUUUGGACAAUGUGAAAGAAUGGUUAGACUCAUGCGAUGUGCCUUUAUCAGAAGGUCGUGUCAAUUUGUCAUGGCCACAAAUUAUGAAGACUAUCAAUGAUGAUCCACACGAGUUUUACUCUGCUGGUGGAUGGGCUUUCCUCACUGGUGACGGCCAAGAUAGUGACGAGGAAGAAUCGGAAGAAGGUUCAGUCUUUGAAGGAUCUGAUUCAGACGACUCUUCGUCAUCCGCUAGUGAAUCAGAGUCGGACUUUGAUGAUGACGAUGGCGAUUCAGAUGAGAGUGCAUCUGCCGACGAGUCAGAUCCAGGCGACGAUUGGGACGCAUUGGAAGUGAAGGCCAAACGAGCCGAUGACAAGCGGAGAGAAUACCAUAGGGAUGAUUCAGACGAUGGCAAGAAAAAG